GGAGGGGCUAGCUUGCGGAGGGAUACAUACCUGUGCAGGUGUGAGUGAGUGUGUUAGUGAGUGUGAGUCUCUAUUUUAGAGUGAGCCGGACUGAGGAGGAUAUGGAGGGUGUGAAGUUACUGUGUGUGAGCUUGUCCAUCAUCUGUCUAACAGUUCAUCCUGCGUUGGGAUAUGAAGUUUCGACAGCUAAUUCAGUGGUUCGCUCCCAACCAGGAAAAUCGCUGGAGCUAAGCUGCACAUACACGGCUGAUUUCGAUUCUCCGAGGAUCGAGUGGAAAAGAAGCGAUUUGCAAGGAUCAACAACAUUGAUAUAUUAUGAAAAACAAGUAACAGAGAAAUUCAGAGAAAGAUUCGAAGUUUACGACAAAGGAAUGCGUAUAACUAAUGCUGAACCCAGUGAUAGCGGAGAUUAUAUGUGUGAGGUCACAGCGGCCACUGGAAAUGGAUUUAAUUCCGUUACCAUUAAAGUGAUUAUUGAAGUUCCUCCUAAAGUUCCGCAAAUUUCCGUGCCCACCUCGGUGACCAACGGAGGGUCAGCAGAGCUGAGUUGUACAGAGACUCAUGGAUACCCUAAGUCCAAAUACAAGUGGUUCAGAAAUGGAAUACCUAUUCCUGUUAAAUCUGCUGGAAACUCUUUGUUUCACAACUCAUCCUACAUUCUCAACAUAGAAACCGGUGUCCUGCUGUUUAAUCCCGUCACUAAGUCUGACGUGGGGGAAUAUUAUUGCGAAGCGUCAAACGGGGUUGGACCAGCAAUGAGAAGCCAAGCUAAAAAAAUGGAUGUUUAUGAAACCAAUGUAGGAGGGAUUGUGGCCGGAGUAAUUAUUGCUCUCUUGAUUAUUGCUCUUAUCGGAAUCGGGAUAUGGUUUGCAUAUCGUAAAGGAUAUCUUCCACGAAAGAAAGAUACAAAACCACCUGUUUCUUACCACCAGCCUCCGGAAGACACUACUGACGAUGCUGAUUUUAAGCAGAAAUCUUCAUUUGUCGUCUAAGGAUAUGAACAACAUGAUCUGUGUGUGUAUCUUUUUCCCUCUGUCACUUUCUCGCUCUUCUCUCGCACUCAUUCACCUCACAACUGUUUUUGGGACCUUGCUGUGUGCAAUUGGCUGCCGCGUUUCGCCGAUGAAGCACGCAGUCACUACGUUUUACAGUAUAUUCUAUGAGGCGCUUUGAGACUGGUGUGUGUCUUUCUGUCUGUGAAUAAGAAAUGCAGAGGAUGUUGUUCAUUUGGAUUUUUAGGAAGGUGUUUGAUAAAGUGCAGUGUAAAGAGAAUUGUGCCCAAGAUUAAGAUACUGUAGAUGGACAGAGGAAUGGAUGAAGAGCAGGUGUCAAAUGUGAAGGAAGGGAUUAUCGGUGUAGAGCAUUUAACCUCACAAAUUAGGGUAGGAUCGCUCUUGUAUUUUGUUCUCUUUCUCUCUGGCCUAAUCUAUACCCCACCAUUGGCAGUAAGCCUUUCAGUCUAUCUGCCUUCACUCUCUGGAACUCCCAUGCGAGAGAAUUUUCACCUCAACCCCCUCCCUCGCCUCCUUUAAGUUCCAUUGCUCUUUAGGACCAUCCUAUUUAAUAUUAAUAACUCUUCCAUUUAAUAUAGUAACUUUCAUGUCAGAAGAAUAUCUCAAAACUCUUCACAAGAUAUACUGUAAAAUGGAGUGAUUGUAUUCAUGAGCAAACAUGACAGCCAGCUUGUGCGCAGCACUAUACCAAGAACAGCCAGGAAGUGAAUGACCAGGAGAAAGGCCUUAAACCCACAGCCAUCUGACUCAGACACAAGCGUGCUAUGAAUUGAGUUAGUGCCCAGCAAACACAACUCCAUAGCACAGAGCUAACCUCAGGUGAAGUAUGCACUGACCUAACGUGUUCCCUUUGCCUAGAGAGGCAACAAAGCACAGACAUGUUACAGCAGUGAGAAGUGGAAACGGUUUCUAUGUCACCAUCAAAACAAUUCCAUUCUCUACAAACAAGUAUGUUGCUUUUGCCACAGGAGCAAAACCAGAGGUGACAGUACUGUUCUGCCAAAGCAUAACCCUUCACAGUGAAUACAAUAAACCAAACCCUGGCUCUUGUCAAGUGAUUCUUGGCCUUGACCCCAUCCUAAUGCUAAAAUUCAGACUCUGGCCCUGCAGAUAGGAUUUGUUCAGACAGUUUUUUUUUGGAGAGAUUCAUUUUUAAUAUUGCAUCACAAAUUUGGAUGAAGAAGCCCCUUCACCACAUUUGAUUUCCUUUCCCACAACACUACUAUACAGAAUUAAACAAUUUCUUAAAUAAG